GUGGCACUCCGCUCUCACUAUCGGCGAUACAUAGUGGGGGAAGAUUUGACCGGUUCUGCCCGUAAUACAGGUUGUUUGAGAACCCAUUUGUCUUGGCAUGAGAAGAUCAUAAAAUUAAUCUCAGCAAAAUGAGUCAACAAGGUUAUGUCGCCGCGCCCCCGUACUCCCAGGCCCAGCCUGGAAUGGGGGGCUACCAAGCUGGCUUUGGUUCUGGUCCCACCCAACAAAUGUAUGGACACUACGGAGGACAACCACAGACAUUCUCUGCUCCACCAACAGGAAUGAUGAAAUCACCAGUGUCCUCUGCUCCUGGUAUGCCUCCACCACCAGUGUCCAGUCAGUACAGUCCAAAUGUCCAGCAGAAUGGUGCUUAUCCACAAAGGUACCCAGCUCCUCCAGCUGUUUCUGCAGCCUAUGGCCAACCUCCACAGUCCCCAUACCACAGUAUGGCCUCACAGGCCCCGCCUCCAACACAGCAGCUCACCAAUCAGAUGGGUGCUAUGAACAUAGGCAACUAUGCCCCGGGACCCAUGUCAAGCCCCCCACCUCCAACUAGCUCUGUGGCCCAGCAGCCUUUCCAGGCAGCUCCUCCUGCAGCCAUGGGUCAGCCACCGAUGCCUCCAGGCCCUCAAUCACCCCACAUGUCUCCUCAGAUGCCAACACCACAACCACCCCAAACAAGCAUGCCCAUGGCUGGCCCUCCGAUGGCAGGCAUGGCCAGACCCUUCCCUGGGCCACCUCCUCCGGGCCCUGGGGGCUUCCAGCAGCCUGGUCCAGGACCUGCUGGUCCACAGGGGUACUCUCAGCAGCCAGGUCAGUUUGGGGGUCAGAUGGCCGGGCCCCAGCCAGGCUUCCCAGGGGCCUUCCCCGGAGCAGCAAACCAAAUGGCUGGCCCACCUCAGAAGAAGCUGGACCCUGACUCUAUCCCCAGCAUAACUCAGGUUAUCGAGGACGACCAAGCUAAAAGAGGUGGACAAGUUUACGCGACGAACCUCAGAGGCCAGAUUCCACCUCUGGUCACUACUGACUUCACAGUCCAGGACCAAGGUAAUGCCAGUCCAAGGUUCAUUCGCUGCACCACCUAUUCUCUACCGUGCACGGCUGACCUGGCCAAACAGUGCCAAGUGCCUUUGGCCGCCAUCAUCAAACCAUUUGCCAGUGUGCCAAAGAAUGAGCCUCCUCUAUAUGUUGUCAACCACGGCGAGACAGGCCCCAUCCGCUGCAACCGCUGCAAAGCUUACAUGUGUCCUUACAUGCAGUUCAUCGACGGGGGUCGCCGCUACCAGUGUGGCUUCUGCAGCUGUGUCAAUGAAGUGCCAGUCUUUUAUUUCCAACAUCUUGAUCACAUGGGCCGCAGGGUGGACUUCUACGAGAGGCCUGAGCUGUCACUGGGAUCCUAUGAGUUUUCAGCCACGAUGGACUAUUGCAAGAACAACAAGCCUCCCAGUCCUCCCGCCUACAUCUUCAUGAUUGACGUGUCCUACUCCAACAUCAAAAGUGGAUUGGUCAAACUCAUAUGUGACGAACUCAAGACUCUGCUGGACGAACUACCCAGAGAGGAAGGAGCCGAGAGCUCGACAGUAAAGGUCGGCUUUGUCACCUACAACAAGAUCCUCCACUUCUACAAUGUGAAGAGCACCCUGGCCCAGCCCCAGAUGAUGGUGGUGUCAGACACUGCCGAGAUGUUCGUUCCACUGCUCGAUGGCUUCCUUGUGAAUUACCAAGAGUCGAAGGCUGUCAUCUACAACCUCCUGGAUCAGAUCCCUGACAUGUUUGCAGACACCAACGAGAGUGAGACGGUCUUUGCCCCUGUCAUCCAAGCCGGAGUGGAGGCCCUUAAGGCAGCGGAGUGUAGCGGCAAGCUCUUCAUCUUUCACUCCACCAUCCCCACCGCCGAGGCACCUGGGAAGCUGAAAAACAGGGAUGACAAAAAGCUCGUCAACACUGAGAAGGAGAAGAUGCUGUUCCAGCCAGUGAAAGGUAUUUAUGAGCAACUGAAUAAAGAGUGUGUAGCCCAGGGAUGCUGUGUGGACCUCUACCUCUUCCCCAACCAGUAUGUGGACAUGGCCACCAUGGCUGACGUACCCUCUCACACGGGAGGAUCUGUCUACAAGUACAACAACUUCCAGGUGGAGACCGACGGGGAGCAUUUUCUAAGAGACCUGAAAAAGGACGUGGAGAAGUCCAUCUGUUUCGACGCCAUCAUGCGUGUUCGUACCAACACAGGCUUCAGAGCCACAGACUUCUUUGGAGCGAUCCACAUGAACAACACCACAGAUGUAGAAAUGGCGGCUCUGGACUGCGAUAAGGCCGUGACCGUGGAGUUCAAACACGAUGACGCGCUCAGCGAGGAGGCUGGCGCGCUCAUACAGUGUGCCUUGCUGUACACCUCUGUCAGUGGUCAGCGGCGUCUGCGCGUCCACAACAUCAGUCUGAACUGCAGCUCCCAGCUGUCCGAGCUCUACAAGAGCUGUGAGACCGACGCACUUAUCAACUUCUUCGCCAAAUCAGCUUACCGUGCCAUAUUGAACCAACCUCUGAAGAAUGUGAGGGAGAUCUUGGUCAACCAGACAGCCCACAUGCUUGCGUGCUACAGAAAGAACUGUGCCAGUCCCUCCGCUGCCAGCCAGCUCAUCUUGCCUGACGCCAUGAAGGUGUUCCCAGUUUACAUGAACAGCCUGAUGAAGACCGCUCCACUGGUGGGCAGUACAGAGCUCUCCACAGACGAGAGGGCCCACCAGAGGCUGGCUGUCAUGGCCAUGGGGGUGGAGGACACCCAGCUGCUGCUCUACCCACGCCUCAUCCCACUGCACAACAUGGAUUUUGGCAGUGAGGCGGUUCCCGCUCCUGUGCGUUGUUCAGAGGAACGGCUCACGGACGGGGGCAUGUUCCUGUUGGAGAACGGCCACUCCAUGUUCCUGUGGCUCGGCCAGGCCAGCCCACCAGACCUCAUCCAAGGCGUCUUCAACCUGCCCUCCCUCUCCCACCUUCAAACACACAUGAGUACUUUACCGGAGUUGGACAACCCCAACUCCAAGAAGCUCCGUUCCAUCAUCAACGCUCUGCUUGAUCAAAGGCCCAACUCCAUGAAGCUCCAGAUUGUGAGACAGAAGGACAAGCCGGAGAUGUUGUUCCGUCAGUUCCUGGUGGAGGACAAGGGUCUGUAUGGAGGCGCCUCCUACAUGGACUUCCUCUGCUACGUCCACCGGGAGAUCAGGCAGCUCCUCACUUAACUCCUUUUUAAAUGACCUCAGUGUCCGCCUGCCUCGCUGGCCCAGGACAUAUGGGACAUCCAUUGGACUACCCAUAUUAUCUCAUAGGGUGAGUCUCAAUAGGCUCCCGUGGGCUCUUCAACUCUCGAAUUUUCAUUACAAGACAUGGGAGAUGUAAAGACAGCUCUUCUCAUUUCCUUUUGAGAAGGUAUGAAAAGAAAUGAGCCAUGGAGAGCCCUUUGAGAGUCAUCCUGGAGACUCCAAAGCUGCCUUUUUAAACACACCAUUGCCACCCCUAUUUCCGCACACUUACACGGGACUCUGGUGUGAUGUUUUUUUUUUUUUGCUUUGUUUUGGUUUUCCCAAUAUUCCCUUGUACGUACUCUUAAAGAAAUUUCUUAGUCAAUCUACAGGACUGUAAUGAGCAAUAUACACAAGUGUUUUAGUCCUGCUGGACAGCACAUCCAGCUUUCCUUGCUCUUGACCUUUAUUAGAAAUGCAAAUUGCACAGUGGGACGGGCCAGUGGGAACAAAUGACACCCGUCCUGGAGGCUGAAAUAGUUUUAGUUAUAUACGCUACUGGUUUCAGCAAUACAACGUAAUAUUUGGCGAUACACCGUGUGCUGUCCUAGGCAACAGCAUUUCUCUGUGCCGCUUCUUCGAUCGGAGGAUUGGAUGAGACUUGGAAGUGAAAAGAUGAGAUGAGCUGAGCUGAUUGCCAACUUUUGUUAAAAAUUACCUGUACCCAUGUCUAGAUUUAUCGGAAGCUUCAUAUUGUUUAAUUUCAAACAGUUAUUUCCUAAAUAUGAAAGCUGUCAUUAAAUAAUGAUACAAAUAUUAUCUGGCACAUUGCACAGGCCUUGGCUAUGUAAAUAUUGUCACGCCACCAAAUCUUUUACUUUGCUAGAAGACUGUUUUCCGUUAAGGUUUACCUUUCUUAGUUUUUGGACAUUCAGAGAAUAAAAUAAAACGAGCUAGUAUUUGGAAAGAUUCCUAGAUUUGAUGGUGCAAAAAGCCUCAAGUAUCUAGCGAACCGAAAGGCUGCAAUUAAAGCUUCCGUCUCGCAGGACUGAAAAUUGUUGCUAUGGCUGAUAAAUUGAUGGCUCAUUACACCGUGGCUGAUUCAAUUUGAUUUACACAGGAAGAAAAAAAAAUACUGAUGUGAUGGUGUGCAUCGAUGCAGAGACGCAGCCUCUGAUUCGGUAUUUGAUAAGUUGCUCACGGCUUUGUGACUCGACUGAUUCCAAGACAGUUAUUGUGUUCCCUGAUGAAGAACGGCCCAUUCAGUUUCUCGCCAAAUAAGCAUCAGAAUGUCAUGAAAAGGGACCAGCACGACGCUCCGCAUGAGGGAUCGGCGAUGAUUUAAAUGUGCAAUGAGAGAGAUUGGUGUGAAGGACAAAUGGCAUGGCAAUCAUUGCCCUGAAAUAGCAUCCAGAUUCACCAACAGCAGUAGUCCUGGAAGGGUUUUUAUUAAAUCUAGUUUACCAUUUAGUUGAGCAUAACCUCACGGUUGGCCGUAUUUUUAUGAAAAAAAAAAAGAGGCCCCAGCUGCAAUACAGUCAAUCCAGUGCAAAUGCAGGCCAUUUUAACUUGCUCUCUGCUGGACCUGCAGUUCAAAACUGUGCCGCGUAUCCAGCAUUGCACAGAGAGCUCUGCAGAAUUGUUGCAGAUAAUGAAAGGGUAAUCAUGUCAUCUAGAUUGCAGUGUAAAUGAAAUCCAAAUCAGUGUUCGUUGGGACCAAAUUAAAUGACAACCCGUUGACUGAUUAUUAACUAUCAGUAAAUGCCUGACACUUUACUCGUGGCAGCGAGGUUGAACAUUCCAAGUGUAAAUUUUAGUACAGUUAAAGCAUAAUCUUGUAUUCAUUUGUGAUUUUCAAUAAACAGAUUUUUUUUUGCUUCUGUAUAACUGAUAAGAGAAGCCUUGAUGAAUUGUAUCUGUACGUUGUUUAUGUAGCCUACAAAACUGUACAUGAAAUGGGCAGCUUCCAUGUAGGAACCACAAUCCCAUCUGCCUUAAGUUGAUAUUUGUCAAGAGUAGACAUCUUUGUGUUGGAGCUGUGUGACCCCCGAGUUACAUCUGUUCGGUUUGAGUGGUCACUUUUCUCAGGUAAUUUGAGUACUUGACACUUUUUUCCCGUGCCCAGUUGAAACCAGUGAGCGAGGUGGAACUGGAAGGACUCAUGUGGAUCGAAUGCAAAGUGUUUUGACUUGGGACUGGUGGAUGGUCAUUGGAUUGGUGUGCCAUGUACAUUUGAAUCCAAACUCGAUACAAAACACUUGGUUUUGAUUAAAUUCCUGACUGAAUCCUCCGUGGUUCCUUCACUCCUUUUUUUUUCCUGUACACCCAA